AUGACCGCUGCUGCCGCCGCCACGGCGCAGUCGUCAGCGCUGCUGAUUUAUCUCAACAGUGAUGUCGGGAUGGAGCGGCCGUACCGCAUCUCCCUGCCCGCCAGUGUCGACACCUUGGCGGAACUCUGCCAGUACCUCACAGCACGCAUAACCCUCCGCCCCGGUGAAGACACCACCGGUCGAGGGUAUCGAUUCCUCUACGCCGUAUCCGGCAAGCCACUUUGGCGCGUAAAGGAGUGCAUCGACGCAGGCACGAUUGUCCUGAGCGUGGGGCCUGGCUUCCUGGCACGGCGCCCGACAAGCAGCACGGCGGGGCCGCCACCACCAGCAGGGCCUGUAAUCGACAUCACGCCAGACAGAUCGGCAGCUGGACUAGGUCCCGAGUCUGGUUCGGGGCGAAAGGGCUCACCGUCCGCUUCACCUCCGAUUAAGCAGCCAGCCGACGACAGGUGCGGCAUGCGGGGUGGCGGUGCCGCGGACUACCCGGCCGGCAACGCGCCGACAAGCAGCCACGUAGCCACUGCCGCCACUAUCCUCUCUGAUGGCGCGGCAGGGCAGCGUGGCAGUGUAGAUGCCGCUUGGCCACCCGAUCCAUCUGUGCGUCGUCCUUCGCAGGCGGAGGAAAGAGAGCGCCUCUUCAGCAUCACGCCGAGCACGGCGAUGCGGGGACGCGGGCCCUCUGGUGGAGGACCGAUGUCGUCGCAGUCGCAUGCGAUGCCGAAUGGCUUCGGCGUCGUGUCCUCUGCCGCAGUGAGCUCCCCAGAGGAUAGCCUCUUCACCUCGGUGCCACCCGGGACUCUGCCGGUGCCGACAAGGACGCCAACUGCAUGCCGUGGGACUGGCGGCAUCUGUGGCUCGGCACCAUGUGCGCAGCCUGCAACCCCCACUUCGACGACUGCGACGACGAUGCCGCGCGGCACGGUGUUCCUUGAGCACAAAGCGCACCCACUGCCACCGCGUCCGGCUUUUGCUGCGAUGCCCUCUUUCACUGGGAGUCUUUCCGCCCUACCGCCGUACCAGCAGCCCCUCUCAGCCAUGUCCAUCUCCAGCAGCCUAGAGUGCCUCCUCCUUCGCAAGUGGGCCGCCUAUCAGCGACUGCACAGCACCGCCCCUAACGACCUUGUCGCUGGCGAAGCUCUCUCGCACCUGAUCAACUCCCUCGGGCCCAAGGGCGCGGCAAAUGGCGGUGCGCCGUGUCGGGUCCUCGUGAGCGGGCCGCCCCGCAGCGGCGUCUCCACCACAGCCUCGUUUCUGCUCCGUCACUACCUGCGCACGCUGCAGUUCCAGCCAGGCCACCCGUUCUACAACUCAGUGCUCCUUGCGCUUGACUUUCGCCUGCUUUUCGGGUCGGAAACGGCGGCUCCAGCAACGCGACCGCCGCGGCUUCUGCAAGACCUUGGCGCACUCUACCAGCUCGUCGUACGCAGCGUCAUCGAUGCAGUGGUGGUGCAGCGGCCGUUGCUGCGGGAAGCGGGAGCGCUGUUAGCGCAGUUGUGGGACUUGGUCAUUAAGCCGAACGUGCAGCCUCGCACACCGCCGAACUUCACCACGUUCUCACAGGCCGAACGGUUCGUGGGCAUCGAUGUGCUGGCGAGUUGGACAAGACUUGCUGAGCAGAUGUACCCCAUUCUGCAGGCAGCAUGCCGCACCCCCGAUGUGCUCCAGCUGCGGGACGCCGCGAUGGACCUCAUCUUCUACGCUAUCCCUGCCGAGCUCACCUCCUCGCUGAAGUUUUCUGGCCUGGUUUAUGCCCUGGACGGGUUAGAGGAGCUGACGCGCUGCUACGCGCAUCGGGUGACACGGCCAGCCGGUGACCUCGGGCCGCUCCUGCAGGCCGUCACGGCGGACCCUCGCACCCACCUAGUCAUCGCGUGGCCGUCGACGCUCUCACCGCAGUGUGUGUACCUGCCAGGCCUCACAGCGCAUGUGUCUACCAUCGGCCUCGUGCCGCGCGCUGCGCUAAACGCGACACACUUUCCGCAAGUCCUGCGCUGUCGCGACAAGGAGUACCCACUGGAAGUCUUCCUCGGCUGUCCCGGUUAUCUCUCCAUCUUGUCGGCCAUGGCAAGGCCGUUCCGCAAGACGCUGUCGAUCCCCACGACAGCGUUCUCAGCGUACUAUCAGGAGAACUACGAGAAGAGGGGCGCGAAGGCGGCGGAGGGCUACGCGCUCCGCCUUGACAUGCCAGCGGCUGCCCGAGAGCUGGAAGCGCUUCUGCAGUGUGUGCAGGCGCUGCCGCUGCGUUGA